AGAAGAAGAAGAAGAAGAAGAGAUGGGAGGCAAGGAGGGUGCGAUUGGGCGAUGCUGCAUCAAGUUUGCAAAUAAGUUCUACCAGCAUGUUGAUUGUAAAAUGUUUAGUUGUGCCGUAACAUUUGUCGCUGGAGCUUCUUACGGCGACAUCACGGGUGGUGUUGUCAAGGAUUGGGACACCAAAGAAAAGCUUGAGCUAGAAAGGAAAGAUCUUGAAAGACAGAUCCAAGAGUAUGAAGCUGAAGCCAGAAAAGUGGUAAGUAGAUGGGGAGUUCGGAAGCUGCCAAUGCUGUUUAGUAGAAUUCAGGGAAAUAAAGAAUAUGCAGCCAGCCACACAGUGCCACCUCUCUGUCUUUUCUCUUUUAUCUACAAACUUGUUUAGACCUCUAUGCAUUUUGGUAUUUUCUGUAUUCAAGUCGCACACUUAAAUUGCCAUUUUAUAUGAUGUCCACUGUUUUUUUUUUUCUUUCCUCUUUCGUAGUCAGCCAUGUUUAAGCUCUCAAUUCAAGUUAUUUUAGUAUCCCCCUUUUGCGUCUACUAUUUGUUGUUUUCUAUUUCCUCUUCUAGGCGCCUGCUUGUACUGUGUUUA